AGCACUCAGCUGGAUGUUUGUAUGAACUUGUAAAUAUUAAUGGGACCAUGUUCCCCCCAGGGACCUGGACCAAGUUACAGGACCUCUCUUUGGUAUACUUUGAUUGGACCUGGACUGUGAUGGGGGAGAUUACUCAGGAGAAUGUAAGAAUCUACUACACCAAGAUGACCAGCCUGUUUUCCGCCAUUGGAAAUAACCUUCCUAAUUUAGGUAAACUUGAGUUGACCCAUUCUUGGAUUCUACGAGAUGAUAUUUAUCUCUGGUUGUUCUGCCAGGAUCCCCCGGCUCAAUUCAGUGAUUUAUUGAGUGAAGAAGAAUGGAGAGAUGGGAGACUGGGCUGGCAUAAGGAAAAAAAACGGUUUCUUCCCAGAAUUACUGCUGCCGCUACUUCUAUAAAAAGAAGAUGUCAGAUGCAUUUGGAUACAGUGCUCAAGAAAAAGGUUGAGUUGACCCCGCUAGCUAGGAGUUUAACAUUCUUUAGUAUCCACAAUGCGACUGAACGAAUAGAUGCUUCCACUGCUGUCAUCGCUUGGUGUACAAGUUUACGACACUUGGAUUUGACUGAUUUUGACAUUGUAACAGAUGUUAGAAAAGUAUCCCCUGAACACUACAGAAGAGGUUUCUGUCUACCUAGCGUGCAUAGGAUCUAUAAUCUGACCGGCCAACCCACUGCUCUAGCUGUAGCAGCUAUACAACAACCUGAUUCAGAAACGAUGACGCGGUUGUGGAAGGGAUAUAAUGAAAGUUUACCUGCCGAAGGGAGAUUAGAGUUCAUACUAAAAUCUUUAGUACUAGGUGCCCCUAAACUUCAAGAUCUUUAUAUUGGCGUUGAUUCAAGACAAACUGUGAAUGGGAUGGAUCAUGUCAAGUUAUCUAGUUCUCAUAUUCAGCAGCUGCUGUCAUUUAAAUCUCUUAAUAUUCUAGAAUUAGAAAAUGUGGACCCUGCCUCCUGUAUGAUGUGUUUAGAAGCUUUAAGUAUUCAACUAAAAAAGGUUACCAUAACAAAUGUGUUAAUAAACUUUGCCAGAAUAUUAAGCUCUAUGCCUCAAAUAAGAGAAAUAAUUCUCAGGAAUACAAAUGCUGUAUUGUAUGAUGAUGUAGACGAAAAUCAGAUUGUUGAGUUCGACGGAAAUCCCCCUUUACAGAGACGGCUGCAAAGACUGAGUAUUGAAUACACUGUUCCCUUGACUCUGGUCGAGUAUAUAUUCUCUAAACUUCCAGAUCUGGAGUACCUGGCACUGGGACACGGCAGUCAUAGAAACUUGAAGCUUCCCCCUGUGUCUGAGGUGUUCUGGUUCUUAUUGUGUAGGUAUUCUUCCCGUGGGUCUAUCAGCCGGUUAACUCCUCCAACCUGGAAAUAUUUACUCCGAACCUCGAACCUGACCAAGCUCAGGACCCUCUCAAUACCUGUUCUAUACCAACCAGGUCUACAUCCGGAUACACAGAUUAGUAUUCUGGAUUAUGAGGAUAUGGUGGACUUGUUUAAGUAUCUACCAUCCCUGGAGAAAGCCCAUGUACACAGGCGGGAUUAUUCACGUUUUGGUGAUCAGCCCAGCUUUCCUCAAUAUAUGAUAACAGAUCCUAGAUAUUCAUUCAUUCAUCCAGGAGACUUCUAGAUACAUACUUUCAUCCUGGGGACUUCUAGAUGUUCAUCCUUUUAUCCUGGAGACUUCUAGAUAUUUAUCAUCCUUAGAUUUCUAGAUAUUCAUACAUUCAUCCAGGAGACUUCUAGAUUUUUAUCCAUCCUUCCUGGGAGACUUCUAGCUAUUCAUUCAGUCAUCCUGGAGACUUCUAGAUAUUCAUUCAGUCAUCCUGGAGACUUCUAGAUAUUUAUCCUCAUUAGACUUCUAGAUAUUCAUUCAUUCAUCCUAGAGACUUCUUGAUAUUUAUCAUCCGUAGACUUCGAGAUAUUCAUUCAUUCAUCCUGGAUACUUCUAGAUAUUCAUUCAUUCAUCUGGAGACUUCUAGAUAUUCAUUCAUCCUUCCUGGAAGACUUCUAGAUAUUCAGUCCUUCGUCCAGGAGACUUCUAGAUAUGCAUUCAUCCUGGAGACUUCUAGACAUGUAUUCUUCUAGAAGAUAUUACAUACUUUUUUUUCCUAUUGACUUUUCUAGUAUUUAUUCAUUAGAUAAACAUUGAAACAUGAAGCUUUUGGAAUUUCAAAAUUUUGGGCCACGAGACCUCGUUUAAACAUCCAAAGUUUCCCCUUUCUAAUUUUAUCUAUUUUUCUUAAAUUUGAUUAGAAUAGAUACACUUUUACUAUUAGUUCUGUUCCAAAUUGCAACAAAAUUUACAAUGUUUUUAUUAUGUCUUUUUAA